AUGUAUGAAUAUUUUACUCACAAAUCCACAGAUUGGAAUAUUUUGGAUUUCCUUAAUAAAUCUGAUAUGGAGACAUUUGAUAAAAAAAUAGAACAAUAUAUUACAUGUCUUGAGACAAUUGUUAGCAAUGAAACAGGCAGCAGACACGAAAGAGCGCAACUACUUCUUAACAAAUACAAACAGGCGAGUAUAAAAACAGGCAGAUUCAAAGUUUUAGACAAAGCUGGUUCUCGACCUGAUAGACAUCUGGCAAGAAAGUGGAGAGAUGAACAAUCGAAUAAUCAAGGGAUUACUGGUACCUCAAUACAUUUAUUCAAUCCAAAAUUCAAAGGUAGUUCUAUAGGAAUUGGGACAAUAAAUAAUGGAACAUUUAAUACUGAGUUGCCAAGGAAAAGUGCAUUGGAAAAGGAUGAAAAUUCUAAUUAUGGCAAGAACAGUAAUAUGGAAGAGACUUAUUUAUUUGGGGAAGUAAAUGAACAAAGCAUUCUUUCUACAAUUGAUGAAAAAUCUUUGAAUAACGAAAUGAUAGUAUUGGAUGUUUGUACUGGGAAUGAGGCAAUUGUAGAAGUGAUUUAG